UUUUGACAAUUCACUGACGGAGCCCUAGAAUACGAGGCGAAUAAUCGAGUUUUUCGUCAGUGAGACGACCCAGGGAAGAUUUUGUGCAGGCAAUCUAAUUGUGAAUCAAUAGCAAAAUGCAGGGACUCAGUCUGGCAAGUUUGAAGAAGCACAAGGCUUUGAUCCCUCUGUACGUGUGUACGGCAUUGGGCUGCGGCGGCGCCGUGUUCUAUGUGAUCCGCCUGGCCACCAAGUCUCCCGAGGUCUCCUGGAGCAAGAAGAACAACCCCGAGCCCUGGGAGGAGUACCGCAACAAGCAACACAAGUUCUACUCUCCGAUCCGAGACUACUCCAAGGAGGAGUCGCCGGCCCCCAAGUACUAAGUUCCAGGUUCCCAUUCUGCUACUGCUUUAGAUUGUCUUUAUUUAAUAAAUAGCAAUUAUGUGAUAAGUUA